CAUAAGGAAAACCUUCAUUUUUCAUCGCAUUUUGUUGAGCGGCACACAUUUAUUUAACAUAAACUGAAAAUAUUUUUUUGCGGAAAAAAACGAAGAACUUAAAUAAUAGAAUAUAUAAAAAAUACCGCAAAAAUUGUACAUUCAUCUUUAGAAAUAAUAUCAUUUACCAACUGUAUCUUCAAGAAUAACACAAUUAGAUUAAGAUAAAAUGGCUCGUGGUCACCAAAAAAUUCAAUCACAAGCAAAAGCCCAAGAAAAGCAAGCCAAAUUGAAGAAGCAGCAAGGACACAGUGCUACUGAACAGAAGAAGGCAGCAAUGAAAGCCUUAGUUUAUAUCUGUGCCGUAUGCAAAUCUCAAAUGCCUGAUCCAAAAACGUACAAACAGCAUUUCGAAAACAAACAUCCCAAAAAUGAUAUGCCACCAGAGUUGAAGGACGUCUAAAGUAUUCAGCAGUUUUUGUUUUAUAAACAAACAGAAAAACAUAGACGCGCACCCGCCUCUGAUUUGAGGAUUACUGCUAGCAGCUUGCUGUAUAAUCUUGUAAUUAAAAUAGCUGUUUAUUUAUCUACACAUUUACUUUUUUAUAUUAUGGUAAUUUACUUUAUUUUUCUUUUUAUGAAAUAUUAUUGAAUUACAAUACGUUCAAAAAACAAAAAUUAAAAAAAUAAAACAUGACGAUUUACACCAUAUACGAUGGCGCGAUCAACUUGUUAUAUGGAUACUGUAACUGAAACGAAACGGAAAAA